CGAUAAGCCUUGAUCCCUGGCCGGCCCAGGUGCCUGGAAGCCUGGGCCUUCUCCACCUGAUUUCUUGUAGCCGCAGUGUACCAGCGCCGGACAUAGCGCACUGCGACGGACUUCGACGCUACCAAAGAGCCGCUACUGGACUGUCCGAGCUUGAUCCAUGCCCUGCAACCGUACAAUAACCCGUCCCCAACGACAUCUCGAUUAUCGUGUCUCCUGGCCACGGACAACUCAACUUCAACCACAUCCCAUCUCGAUUUCGGAGCAUGGCAUUUCGCCUUCACAACAUCUAGCCGACCAGCCGUUUCUCCAUCGACAAAUCCCAUCUUCUCACUGCAUGCUUUAAACCGUCUUUCCGGAAAACAGUCGCCGCGAUGGCUACCGUGGAGUCACGCAAAGACGAGGAGGCAACCACUAUCAAGGUUGCCUCGUCAAAAGCGACCCGCAAUAUCGUCAAGCUGAAGAGACAACCAACUAAGCCCUCUAAGCCAGGCAAUUGGAAGGAUGCCACGACAUCGCUCGAUAACGAGGAAAAGAAAAGGGCCAAAGAGGCCGGUAACGCCGCCCCUCCGAGCCCCAUCAUCAACCAACUAGAUCUCCCCGCACAAGUAACAUUCGACACCGGCCGUCCGCUUGACGAUGUUCCCGACCUGAUCUAUUGCAAACUCUGCAAGAAGGGAGUCAUCAGAACCUCCGGGAAGGAGCAUAUCGACGAAUGUCUUCGCAUCAAGAGGGAAAAGGCGCAACGCAAAAAGGAGGCCCGCGAGGCACGUGAGCGCGCCAAGGAGGCUGCUCGCGAGGAGGAAGCCCGCAAAAACGACCCCGACGGCGGAGCGGGGCGCGACGAUGACGACAGCGAUGCCGAAGAACCCACCGAGAGGAAAGGGAACAGCGGAAAGACGACAAAGAAGGCUACCGGCAAGAAGCCCGAUGUCGGCGGGAAGAAGAGGAAGGCCGAGGGAGACCUGGAGAAGGGCAAGGCCAAGAAGAAGAAGGACGAACCGAAACCGAAGACCGCCAAGCCCAAGGGUCCUGUUGACGUUGAGAGGCAGUGCGGUGUCAUCUUGCCCAACGGCCAGCCUUGCGCUCGUUCACUCACCUGCAAGAGUCAUAGUAUGUCGGCCAAGAGAUCGGUGCCAGGGCGAUCCCUACCGUAUGAUAUGCUACUUGUGGCAUACCAGAAGAAGAAUCAAGCGAAGCAGCAGAGAGCCGCCAUCGACGCAAAUGCCCCGUUGGAGGACGACGACGAUCCGAAUGCCGGUGCGGUGGACAGCGAUGAGGAGACGGCUGCCGUUAUGAACGCCCUAGCGAAUUGGCGACCACAACCGGUUAUCCCUCAACCUAUUAUUGCACCGAUCAAAAGGCAGUACCAGCUGGCACGGUUGCACGAGCAACUUCAAACGGUAACCAACGGCGGCCGACUUAACAUCUUCAAGGUUGUUGGAUUUGGUGCCCAGAAGCUUCCGGAGGGCCAUCCCGGCCUUUAUCAGCAGGAGGAGGAACAUGCCGGCGACCCCGACGUCUCCAUGCAAGAUGCAUUUUCCCGACGUUCAUCAACAUUUAGUCUUGCAGGACCACCGCAGCGAAGGCCAUCACGACGGGCAGACCAACUAGAGGAGGAACCAUCGGAUACAUCACAACGGAAACGAGUACGCUUGACCCCUGGAUUGGGUCCGAAUCCUCGACUGUCGCCGAACCGGAAGCCGGUACGACAACCUGUACCGCCACAUGUGUCGGAUGCUAUGGAGAGCCCCGGGGGCCCAAGGCGCCCAAGGGAGACAACGGACCAGUACCUCAAACAGACGUUUGCUCCUAGUAGGAGACAUGAUAGCGUGCGAUCACCUCAUCCAGUUAAUUCAUCUAGACCUGGACCUGGUACAAGCCCACAUAGGCCGCCUAGGCAGGCAUACCCCGCACCGAGACCUCCAAGCCGCGAUGCAGAGAGGAGUGUCACCCGCCCAGGGCCGAAUAAACAUCACGACAACGAAUUACCCGCUCGAAAGUACUCAAUUGGCAUUUCGCUACGAGGAGGAUUACAAGUCGAUUCUCCAAGAAGGAAUGACUUUGAGAGCCCGGCAGCCGCACGAACCCCAGCUCGGCAUCCAAGUCGGCGGCUGUCCUCAGCAUCACCCGGUCAAAACUCUUUACACCUGAGUCCCCAUAUCCCGGAUGAAGUUCGCGCAAUGGACGCUAAGAAGUGUCCAGAAAUCUCACCGGAAGAGAUGGACAUGCUUCGGCAGAUAUAUAUUGCUUGUCAGCAGCACCCGGAAAAGCUGGACGAGUACCGUCAGGAAUACAAAGCUUAUCAACAACGACUGCAAGCACAGAAGGGUUUAAGCGGAGGGAAACAACCAACCAACCCCCAGUCCGCGAGCCCAGUGCCUGAGGUCUCGCCUCGUUCAGCAUUUAACAAAACCGAAGUUCAUCAACCUCAGCGUGCGCUGGAAGAGGCGCAUUUUAGACCUACUUACUCCCCUCGGCACGGCUCUAGCGCGAUUUUCCGUGGCGGUGCUACUUCCCCCUCGAAUACCCCAGCAGCCGCUCGUCAACGACCGGAAGUAUCAUCACCGGUACACAGAACUCAGCAAACUUUGCCCGACACACCACAGACCGCCGGGAACCAUCAGCGCAAACGGUCUGGGCCUAUACCACGAAUCAUACUCAAGGUACCGAAGCGUACCCAACAACCGAAUGAGGGAAUUUCACCAGUGAAAAUCGGUCCUCCCCAAGGAGAUAUCAUGAGCUCGCCGAGGAAGACUCACGGCCCAGUGGGAGGCAAAAGCCUCAAGGGUCCUUCCGUUGAGGAGGGCGGUCUGGUUGUUAUUGAUGACUGA